AUGUCCAAAGUUAUUGUCGUGGGAGGUGGCUUGAGUGGUUUGUCUGCUGCCCACACACUCUACGAUCGAGGUGCCAACGUAUUGGUGCUUGACAAAAACCCAUUCUUCGGAGGCAAUUCCACCAAAGCCACCUCCGGUAUCAAUGGGGCCGGCACCAACGCCCAGGCCGAGCUGGGAAUCCCAGACUCGGCAAAAGUGUUCUUCGAAGAUACUAAAAAAAGUGCCCGAGACCUUGCAAGAGACGAUCUCAUCAAGGUCUUGACCGGGAAAUCAGCCGAGGCAGUGAACUGGUUACAAGACAAAUUUUCGUUAGAUCUCUCCAAGGUUUCCCGACUUGGUGGCCAUUCGUUUGAGCGUACCCAUCGGGGUGGAGCUCAAUUUCCUGGCAUGACUAUCACUUACGCCCAAAUGGAGGCCUUGGAAGAUCUAGCGGAUAACGACCCUAAUCGUGUUCAGAUCAUCAAGAAAGCUAAAGUAACCAAACUUCUGAAAGAAAACGGAGCGGUCAUUGGAGUCGAAUAUGAGUUCGACGGCAAAACUUACACUGAGAAUGGGCCAGUCAUUCUCGCAACUGGUGGGUACGCUGCCGACUUCUCCCCAGACGGGCUGCUCGCAAAGCACCGCCCCGAUUUGCUCAAACUUCCGACCACCAACGGAGAUCAUUGCACGGGCGAUGGCCAAAAGAUGGCACUUGCCAUAGGUAGUGCCGGGAUCGACUGGGAAAAGGUUCAAGUCCACCCUACUGGAUUAGUCGAUCCUAAUGAACCCGACGCCAAGGUCAAGUUUUUGGCUGCCGAGGCUCUGCGUGGCGUCGGUGGAAUUCUUUUGGACCGAGAAGGAAAUCGUUUUGUCGACGAGCUGGGGCACCGUGAUUACGUUACGGGUAAGAUGUGGGAAAACAACAAGUUUCCAAUACGUCUUGUACUCAACAAGGAAUCGUCGGACGAAAUAUUAUGGCAUUGUAAGCACUAUGUUGGAAGAGGUCUCAUGAAGCGCUUCGAAACCGGAAGUGAACUCGCCAAAGAGAUGGGGCUCCCGGAGUCGAAACUCAAAAGUACCUUUGAUGAUUACGUUCAAAUUGGACAAGGAAAAAAGGCCGACCCAUACAAGAAGAAAUUCUUUCACAAUUACAACUUUAGCAUGCAGCAGGGACCAUUCUUUGUAGCUUCGAUGACCCCCGUCCUGCACUACAGCAUGGGGGGUGUGGAAAUCAAUGAGAAGUCUCAGGUUCUCGACACGAAUAAGAAGCCCAUUCCAGGCCUCUAUGCGUCAGGAGAAAUUGCUGGUGGAGUUCAUGGAGCCAAUCGAUUGGGAGGGUCAUCUCUUCUGGGAUGUGUCGUUUUUGGGCGAGUAGCGGCGGACUCGGCAUCCUCUUACUUGCUGCAUUCGUUGGCUACCGGCUCUGGGCCAGCUGCCCGCUUGGGUCAAAUUCAAAACCACUUGAAAACGACGAUCGAAAUCAACCCGCAGAGCAAAAACGUCCAGCUCACGUUUAACUGGGAUGAUGCUAAUGGUCAGUUCAGCUCAACUGGGAGCGGGGGCUCAACCGUCUCGGGAUCCGCCGCUUCACAAAGUGCACCCCCGCAGCAAACACCCAAUCAGGCAGGACCCAACGGUCCUGGCGCGGGCAAGACCAUUGAAGACAAAGGGCCGUUGAAACAGUAUACGUUGGACGAAGUUGCAAAGCACAAAACGAAAGAUGACGUCUGGGUAGUUGUUAACGGGGAGGUGUUGGACGUCACCAAAUUUAAAGCUGACCAUCCUGGUGGAGAGAAAGCCAUCAUGCUAUAUGCUGGUCGCGAUGCCACAGAGGAGUUCAACAUGUUGCACGAUCCCAAAGUUGUAAAGAAAUACGCGCCCGACUCAAUCAUUGGGACACUCAAAGAAUAG